UUACUUUUUGUUAGUUGCGCGCAGUUGCAUUUGUGCUUGUGUUCGUCGUCGCUCAAUUGGGAUUUUACUUACUUAUGUAUGUAGACUUGUUCGUGUGCUGCUGCUGCUGCUGGAAGAGCGUCUGUGGCCUCCUUGCGUUGUUGCUGCUGCCACUAUCCAUCCGUUCGCUCAGCUGCAGCACGUGAACGUUUUUGACUCAUUUUAACAAUUUUCUUUAAAUACAACUCCGUGGUUGGGCUCUCGCAACAGUCGUCUUUUAUCUGGCCAACGGUAAAGGAUAAAUUGUGUACGCACUCGGUUGGAUGUACGCACACGAACACAUAAAUACAUACAUCCCCCAAAAGAAAUAAUAACAACUGUGAACUGUGAAUUAUAGGUGAAGUGCUCUACACAACCAAAGUGAAAAGAUAAGUAGACACCACAUUGCUCUACCAACUUUGACUCUUUCGACGUCUCAAGUUUUCCUCACGCGCCCGCCGCUCAUCUCUUUUUGUACUCGUGAAUUACGUUUUUUUUUUUUUGUUGAUUUGUUCUGUGGACUUUUAUCGCCUUGCAGCGGUCGCUGCGUUGCGUACACCACAUCAAUCUACAACGCUGCGAUGCGCUGCUCUACUCGACUUUGAAGUGAACAGAACUCAGUUAAGCUGCGUUUGUACUUCAAUCAAACUCAUCGUGAGGCGAAUGUGUCAUUCCGUGUGCGCCCGUGAACGUGGUUACAUCCAUCGCUAGAAACAUCGGGUUGCUUGAGUUGUUUUGUGAAAAUAAAUUGAAGUUGCAGCAGCAAGAAGAGUUACUAACUUUAUUAGCCUCAAGUAAAUGGCAAAGUGCUGUGGAUGCUCAAAAGUCAAUGGAAAAACCAAAACAAAAAAAAAACUUUGCGACUUAUAUGUAAAAAUUCAGACUUGCUUUUAAGUGCUUAUCUUCAACUUGUGCAACGAUUCUACAACUUAAAUAUAUUUUACCAAAUAUGUACAGUAGUGCUCAUCAACAAACACAAAUUAAUCUAAGCCAUUCAAACAAAAAAAAAUAUUAAGUGAAAACUAAAAAGUGUAGAUACCAAAGGAUUUCAAAUCGCUGCUAAGCAAUAAGCCCCUAAAACAAAAUUUAAAAUAUAUAAAAAUAUUUAAACAAAAAAAUAAUAAUAAUUACGAAAUAAAAAAAUAAAAAAAGAGAAAUAGUUGCUGUGAUCUACAUACUUAAUUGUUUAGAGCAAAACAAAAACAUAAGCUGGCGCAUUACCUAUCAAGACCAAUACAAGUGAAACGAGAAUUACUGCGAAAGAAACCUUAACAACUGACAAAGGAAAAGAUUUUAUUUAACCGAAUUCAUUCAUAUACAUACUCGUAUCUCAGUUUCGCAAUCAAAUAAUUGAACAAACGACGAAAUUCCACUGCAGUGGCGUUUAGCCAAUCAACAGUUUGCGCCUGCACCCACGCACGCACACACACACCCACACCCACUUAGUGAAUAGCAAAGGCAAAGAAAAAAGAUUCGAAUAAAAGCAACAAAAUGCUCGCCGCAGCAGCCGCUGGUACACAGUCCACAUUGGAUGCCAUCCAAACCAAUGCCACAAAGAUGGAACGACGUGACUCAUCGACGUCGGAAUCAUCGUUGGAACACUUGGAUUUGGGACGUACACCAAAGAAGCUAAGCUCACACUCAUCGGCCACAUCCACGCCACAUCCACACACGGCCAUCAACAGCAUAAGCAGCACUAGCGGCGGCAACAGCAACAACAACAACAAAAAUACAAACAAAGUCAACAGCAAUGACGUGAAUACAACAGAUGUCAACAGCGCAACUGGUGUAUCCUCACAAGACGAUGCUAAAUCAUUUCUGCCACAUCAACAACGCUUACACGACUCCGAUGAGGCUAAUGAUUACGAUGAUGAUGAUGAGGAGUCACCAGAUGAACAGCGCUCGAAACAGAAUGCGCAAAGUUCGAGAUCACAACGUCAUCACAAGCGACGCAGCACAGCGACGCGACUGGAUAAACGGACAAGCGUGCAUCUGGAAUACAAUGCGGAUGAUCCGACUUCACUGCGCAAGAAAUUUUGUUUUAAUCGCAGCACCUCCGCCUCCGAACAAUUAACGAAUAAUGAGUCUGGUUUUGUGGACGCCAGCUCUAGUAGUCAUUACCUGAAUGCAUCAACAGUGUCAUUGGUGGCGGCAGUGGCGGCGGCGACGGCAGUGACUUCUUCAUCAGCGGCCGUUUCCACAAGUGGUAUUAACUUGACGCCACCGCACAAUGCAAUGUCUGCGUCCGUCUCAGCUUCUGCGUGUGCAUCUGCCUCUGCCUCGGCCUCGGCGAAUGGUUCGAACUGCUCGUCUUCGGCUGCUUCAUCGCCGCGUGGCUGCGGCACCGGCAUGGCAGCAUCCUCAGUAUCGGUAUCCAGCCCUGAGUCGGGUAUUGGUGAUAGAGAACGUGAGGAUAUGAAGUUCGUGUGUACCAUUUGCGAUGUGGUGUCGGCAACGCGGCAUGAAUUCACGAACCACAUACGUUGCCACAAUUACGCCUCUGGGGACACAGAGAACUACACAUGCGCCAUCUGCUCAAAGGUGCUCUCCUCUGCCUCGUCACUGGAUCGGCAUGUGCUGGUGCACACUGGUGAACGACCAUUCAAUUGUAAAUACUGCCACCUCACCUUCACCACCAACGGCAAUAUGCAUCGGCACAUGCGCACGCACAAACAGCACCAACACAAUCAUCAUCAUCGCCGCAACUCGAAUGGAACAAAGCAUGCCAGCAAUAGUCAUAACAACAACCACAACAACAACAGCAAUUCGGUGGCUGGCAACACGAGUGUAAAUAACGCCUCCGCUACCGCCGUCAACACCAGUUAUAUGCAAUUAAGCCUUGGCUUGAUUAGUGGAGGUGUCAAAUCAUCAGCAACAACAGCAGAAGCAGCAUCUGCCGAAGCCAUGGAAGCAAUGGUGACAGAUGCUGAUACGACUGCGCCGAUUGCGCCCCUGACAGGUGGUGGUGGUGGUGGUGCAGGUGUUAAUGGCAAACGCUUAAAUAGUAGCGGCGUAGAAAGUUGCGAAAGUGAUGGUGGUUGCUCAACAGACUCUUCAUCAAGUGCCAUCAGCCAUAGCUCAAAUAAUAAUAAUAAUAAUAAUGAUAAUAGUAACCAAAACAACAACAAAACUCAUAAUAACACCGACAACAUCAACAAUAAUGUCAGCAACAAUUACACAAACAAUAACAAUAACAAUACCAACAACAGCGCGAAUCGUAAUAGUUUAGGUAAUUUUAAGCGUAAAAGCAAUGAACUAGCCGCCGACGCCGAUGCCAAUGGUGGCGCAGACGCUGAUGGCAUUACAAUGCUGUUCGCGAUGAAACGACGCGUGAAGACAACUAUAAACAACAACAACAUAGUCGGCGGCGAGGAUGUAGUUGAAGUGAAUGCAGUCAAAAAACCCACGAACACAUCCUCUUCCGCAUCAGCUGCGUCGGAUGAUGACGCAGAGGUUGAGCAGAAGCCCUCAUUCUUCUCAUGUCCCGUUUGUCCGGUCUGCAAUGCGGAUGACUUCGCAGAUAUGCGCGCGCUGGACAACCAUCUGGAUAGCGAACAUGCCGAUAUACCAGCGAAGUGCCGCCACUGCGAGGUAGUCUUUCGCACACAUCGCCAGCUGAGCUUGCAUCCCUGCACCCAGCGCUCGGUGCUCAAUAGUCGCCCGAUGCCGCUAGUGGAGUGCGUGAAGUGUCGCCGCAGCUUUGCUAAUGGCAACGAUUUAGAACUGCACGCGCGCGAAUGUUACGCCGCGGAGGUAGUGAGGCAUGCGCGUCGCAGCCGAAGCCUGAGCGACAGCUACCCGGCGCCACCACCGUUAGAAGCCGAGACCGAAGAGGCAAAGACGAGCCUGGUGCGCAAUAACUUCUUCCGCCAGCUCUAUUUGCAGAGUCAGAAGCCUUUCUCCGCGCAUAGUUUGAUCUCAUUACCGUCGCCGCAGCACUCAACCAACGAUGAGCCGGAUGCGGCGCAUGUAAGCAGCACCGAUAUCAAGCUAGAAGCAGACGUUGAGCCCACAGACCAAUUGACAAGCAACUUGCUCUCUCAACAGUCACACGACUCCAAAGAUUUGGCUGAUAUACAAUCGAUACUGAAUAUGACAUCAUCGUCGUCCACAUCGAACUUCCUUAAGAACUUUGAACAAUCGGUCAAUACACCAUCCAGCAAUUAUAGUUUGGAUAAGGACGAAGAGGAGGCGCAAGACGCCUUCACAUCCGAGUUUCGUAAGAUGAAAUUGCGCGGCGAGUUUCCCUGCAAGCUCUGCACCGCCGUCUUUCCGAACUUGCGCGCGCUGAAGGGUCACAAUCGCGUGCACUUGGGCGCUGUCGGGCCGGCUGGUCCAUUUCGCUGUAACAUGUGCCCCUAUUCGAGUUGCGAUAAGGCGGCGCUAGUGCGACACAUGCGUACACAUAAUGGCGAUCGCCCCUACGAGUGUGCAGAGUGCAAUUAUGCUUUCACCACAAAAGCCAACUGCGAGCGUCAUCUACGCAACCGGCAUGCGAAGACUACACGUGAGGAGGUGAAGCGCGCCAUCAUAUACCAUCCUUCCGAAGACUCAACUUGUGACGAUCCCGCUAAGAAGCUGCACAUAUUCUCCUCACCUGACUUUGAUGAUGACAUGGAGUUGCAAUAUCAGCAACAUCAGCCCAAAGAUCGGUCAACGCCUGUGUCGCACCUCAAAGAAAUGCUGACUGCCGAGAGUAUGACAGCUAAGCCAUUAAAGAUACAGGUUAAAAGUUUGGAGCAACUGCUUGAUAAGUCCACUGGCUCGAUUGGUAGCUUUAAUGACUCAUAUGAAGAGCGUCCAGCUCCGCCACCCAACACACAACAGCCGGAGACCGCACCAAUCGAUCUGAGUAUGGAUGUGCUAGACUUAAGCAAGAAACCCUCGCUCAAACCAAUUGAAAAUGAGGCGCCUGUGGCAGAACCGACGCCAGCCGAGAACAGCAUCGAUCCUGAGAAGAAAAUAGACAUCUUUUCCUACGUCAAGGAGAAUCUAAACAUGCCAAAAAUGCUUGAACUGUGGAGCUUGUCGGCGCAGUUUCCUUUCAUGCCUGAUUUUCGCCCGCUGAUGAAUCAAAUGUUUGCUGGUGCUGCUGCUGGCAAUCCAUUUGUGCCGCCUGGCAUUGACAUGAACAAAGCAAACAUGCCAGCUCCACCGAAUCUAACGCCGCCCAUGCUACCGCAUUUGAACUCACUCAUGGGUGACAAGCUAAACGUGCAUCCACAUACGGCACCAGCAGAUCAGAAUGUAAUGAACCAAAUGCUACCCAAAUCAAUGAUGACACCGCCUGCACCCCACUCUCCAAUGAGCAUGCCGCGUCACUCGCAUAUACCACCCACGGUAUUGCCAGGUGGGCCUGUCAAAAUGGUCAUUAAGAACGGCGUACUUAUGCCUAAGCAAAAGCAGCGUCGUUACCGUACUGAGCGUCCAUUCGCCUGCGAACAUUGCUCCGCGCGCUUCACGCUUCGCUCAAAUAUGGAGCGGCACGUCAAGCAGCAACAUCCGCAAUACUACGCACAACGCCAUCGCAGCGGCCACCAUCCCAUGCGUGGCCGAGGUGGCAGCAGCGCUGCGGCGAUGAACAGCAUCAGUCACUUGCAGGCCGCUUUUGCGCAAGCUCACAACCAAGCCAGUCAGGCGCAAGGCAAUGGACUAGGCGCUUCACCCAUUUCCGAGCAGGUGAAGUACGCCAUACUGGCGCAGCAGCUCAAGGCACGCAAGGACACUGACUUGCUACAGCAAGCGUUGGCACACGGCUCGAGCAGCAUAGCAAACAAUCAUCAUAUGCUGCUGAAUGCAAGCGCCGCUCUAGGGCCGCUGGCUCCACCACCAAAUGGGAUGCAGUACGCUUUCAGCCAAUUGGGUCAGCCAACAACUAUUAACGGCUCCAUUGAAGAUGAUGAACCGAAAUUGGUUAUUGAUGAGGAUGAAGAUGAAGAAGACGAUAUCGAGGAGAUAAUCGAUGAUAACGAGGAUGAGGAGGAAGAGCUGCACAUUACAAGAGAGCAAUUUGAAAAUAUGCACAAGGCGCCAACACCAGCACCACCUAUCGUGCAGGAAGCAAAGCAUUCGCAGCCCAUCAAUGCGGAGCGCGCUAACGAGACAGCCAAAAAAGUCGCGGAAACCAUAUUAGAGCAAGCGAUUAAGACAGGCCAACAACACAAUUCAGCCACUGGAAACCCCAAUGCAGCGUUUGCAGUAAAGCCCGCGCCUGCUAAACAAGUGGCGCCUGCAGCUCCGGCCGCACCUACGGCGCCAGUCACCCCAGCCAAUAAAAUGAAAGCUAUGAUCGCACAAGCCGAGUCGGUGGGAAAGUUCCUGAAGGAAGUAGCCAGCUCGCCCUUCAAAGACGAAUCCCAGGAUUUGGUGCCCGUCGCCAAGCUGGUCGAUAACGCUACCAAUAAUGCCGUUUCUUUCAACAACUACUUCCGACCCAGCGACGUGGCCAAUCACAUGGAGCAAAGCGAUGAAGAGGGCUUGGUAGCAUCUGGCAGCGCCAGCGAAAGCAACAACUCCGGCACCGAAGAUGUUGCAGCGCCAGCCGAGCCGAAGAAAAAGUCUGCAUACAGUUUGGCGCCAAAUCGCGUCUCAUGCCCCUACUGCCAACGCAUGUUCCCCUGGUCCAGUUCCUUGCGCCGACACAUACUCACGCAUACCGGUCAGAAACCAUUCAAAUGUUCACACUGUCCACUACUUUUCACCACGAAGAGCAAUUGUGAUCGUCACCUGUUGCGUAAGCAUGGCGACGUGGAAUCGGCGGUAUCGGUAUAUGUGCCAACCGAGGACGUAAACGAGCCAAUACCGGUGCCAAAGUCCGUCGAGGAGAUCGAACAACAGCAGCGCCAACGCGAAGAGGAAGAGCGCAAGCGUAAAGCCGAGGAGGCACAAUUGGAACGCGAACGACGCGAAAAGGAGCAACGUAUGCAGCAGGAGCAAGAACAGCAAACUAAACUCUUCAAACAAUUGGCCGUAGCACAGCUGCAACAACAAAUCAAUGUUUCAAUAUGCGCAGCCAAUGCAGCUAGCGCGGAUGCCGAUGCACGCGCCAAAGAGCAUCUCUCCCAACUCAAUGCAGACUUGCCAUACAAGUGCCAUUUGUGCGAAAGCUCCUUUACCGAACGUUUCAACUGCCUGGAGCAUAUUAAGAAGCAGCAUGCGCCAGAAUUCACGCUACUACUUUCCAAAGGCGCCAUUGUCAGCGAAGCUGAGGCCAACCAAACGCAACUGAUGGAAGAAGAGGAACGUCGCGUGGGCGAAGAGGCUGCCAACAGCUUCGCUUUGUUGCCCAAAAUGCCCGCUUACACGAAUCGCAAAGUAAUUUGCGCCUUCUGCGUGCGCCGCUUCUGGUCGACGGAGGACUUGCGACGCCACAUGCGCACACAUUCGGGCGAACGUCCAUUUCAGUGCGAAAUCUGCUUGCGUAAAUUCACGCUGAAGCAUAGCAUGUUGCGACACAUGAAAAAGCACACCAUACGCUCGCAGAAUGGCGCGCCAGGUGGCGAUGCAUCCGCGACAGGCAAUAGUGGCUCAGACUUUUCAGACGAUGAACAAAUGCCGAUGCCUACAGCGGCGCAUGCUGCAACACCGACUACAACAACGAAUGUCAACGUCAAUGCCAAUGCGAUGGUGGCGGCGUCAGCUACAGCGGCAGCAGCAGCAAACGCGCUGCGUACACCCAGAAUACAAGAGCUGUUGAGCAAAGCGAACGAAUGGCGCAGUAGUCACAUGAGCGGCGAACAAAAGGAGAAUAUUGCGGCCGAAGAGCAACCAAACGGUGGCUUACAUAGCGAUCUCAUUGGCAAUCUGCUGGGCAUCAGCGAUCAGGGUAUACUCAAUAAACUGCUCUCCUCUGCCGAUGAGGCGGCGAAACUGUUGGGUGUUGAGAAGUAAGCUGCUUAGCUGAGUAGUCUACAGUGACUUUUUCUAGUCAAAUUUUAAACAAAAUGCAUACAUAUUGAUACAAAAUGGACACACACAAAUAGCAUUAAAAAAAGUUAUCUAAAAAAGUAGAGUUCACACUGAAUUCUUAAGGACCCUAACGACAUUAAGCAGCAAGGUAGCCAGCGGCAAAAUAUUUCCGCUUUGGUCAAAGCAAGGAAUAGCUAUUUACAUACAUUUUUAAAUGUAAGAAGCCGAACUACAUACAGUCAACCACAAAAGUCUACAUGCAAAGAGUUUUCUCCAAAGUAUCCAAAGUUUUUUGUUCUAUUUUUUUCGUUAAAUUUUUCCAAAUGAAAUUUUCUACAACAAAAAAAAAAUAAAU